CAAGACCAUCAUGAGAACUCAUCCAUUAAAUGUCUAAAUGUGGUGUUUCUGAAAAUCUGUAUGGCAGCUUGAAAAAACCAACCUAAUCCUGAAGAAAGAUGGCUUCUAACAGAAGUGUCAUUAAAAACUGUGGAUCAGGAUCAGUAUCAGCUCAAAGGGACUCAAGCCAGUUUAGAGAUUCCCUUCUUUCACUUUUGAAAACACUGGGACUUGAAAAGUACUACCCAAACAAGCUGACUCUGAAGUCAUUACUGGAAAUCAACAGUUCCACAUUGUCCAAUGAAAAGACUGACUCACUGAAAGCAAUACCAUGGGCCUUCCUGAGAAAGUUACUGAUGGUUAAUUCAAAAUCAAGAUCAAUACUAUCUGCACUUUGUGAAAAUGACAAUUCAGAAGACUUGUUUAGUGAAGAGGACAGUGAUGGUAGUUUUAACCUUCUAGAUCUUCACGCUGUCCUCUUUUUCUGUGCAGAUAGUUUUCUUCAGCAAGAAAUAGCACUGAAAAUGUCAAUGUGCCAGUUUGCCGCACCAUUUUUGCUGCCUCCAGGAGUAAUCAAUCAGGGCACUCUUAUGUUAUGGGCUCUUAGAUGUAUCAUAAAAGAAUGGCGCCCACGUUCAAUGUCAGUAUCAAAAGAGUUUGUCGAAAACAGUGUUGUUCAUGCAGAAAUUCCCUUGGUAUCAUUUGUGAGAUUAAGUAACUGCAGCUUGUCCAAGUCUCAAGUUUUGAACCAAGUGCUCAACAAUGCAGAGCAGCACCAUGACUUCUUUUCUCAUAGAGAAAUGAUUGGAGGAUCUUCACCUAGGCUAAUUGCUAAUGGCAUGGUUGAAAUAUGCUGGAAUCUUCCAUGUGGGAACAAUAGCAUUGAUGUCUUUCCUGAGGCAGUAGCUAUUGCUAAUUUAAGAGGUGAUGCUUGCACCUUUGAAACACAAUUCAGAUUCCUUGCAAAGGUAUCAGCAGCUCUGUUUGUGUUCUUGGACACUGUUGAAGAAAAGGAGCAAAGAUUGUUUGCUUCUUUGCAAGGAAUUAAAUCCAAAUUAUUUCUUGUGGUGAACUCUCAGAGAAACAUGACCCAGGAGGUGAAGUCAUCUAUUGAGGCAGUAAUUGAUACUCUGCAGCUGGAUAGAGACCACAUAAUUAAGAAAAGCCAAAAAGUGAAUCUGGCUUCUUUUGCAAAAUCAAUCAAUUCUUCCAUUAAGACUGUUCUAAGCGGAACUUAUGAAUCAUUUACUAUUGAUUCCAUGAAGAAGACUGCUCGGGAAUUAGGUCUUGACGUUGAUGAGAUUCAAAGAAAAGCCUCUGUAUCAGCUGAAGAAAUGGCAGAAAAAAUCUUGAAAACGAUUGGAGUUCGUCAAAUAACAGACUACAAAAAGACACAGCUGCCACUACAAGGUGAAAAUUGGAAAAGACUGGCAAAAAUAGAGAAAGAGCAAUGUAGAUUACGCAAUUCAGGAGAAAACAGCUUGGAAGAAUAUAAGGUUCAACUUCAAAAAGAAAUUGAUGAAAUUUGGAACAGACAAAGUCAGUACAAAAUGACCAAAGCAAUGGAGAUCUUCACUGAUGCUUUGUUGAGCUCUGACGAUACUGAGCGAGCCUUCUUUCUGAAAUGGAUGGGACUAAAGAUGGACAUGCGAUCACGCAAACACAUGUCAAGCCUUCGGCAAAAAUACAAAGAGUGUGAACAAAAGAAAGACAGAGGUGCUAUAGCCAGAUUAGACCAGGAACUUCUUGAUUCUUCUCUUGGCAUCGAGCAUUACAUGAGAGAAAUGGGACAAAUCUAUGAGGUUGCUUCAUUUGGUUCAAGCAAAAUAUCUGAUAAAAUAAGCAAUCUUCCUACUCUGGGUGCCAAACUGCUUCUGGCUGGAUUUCCUCUUGAACUACUUGAUGGAGAUGCAUCAAAUAUCCCAGCGAAAUGGGUGAGUGAUGUUCUCAUGGAGCUUCACAGUAUGGCUGGGAGAAAGAGCCGUGUGCUGGUUAUAACUGUGUUAGGGGUUCAGAGUUCUGGUAAAUCAACACUGCUCAACACUAUGUUUGGAGUCCAGUUUGCAGUGGGUAGUGGACGAUGCACACGUGGAGCAUACAUGAUUCUCAUCCCUGUGGGGAAAGAUUUGAAGGAAGAGUUACUUUGUGACUUUGUCCUUCUGAUUGAUACAGAAGGUUUAAAAUCACCAGCACUGGCACAACUGGAAGACAGUUAUGAGCAUGACAAUGAGUUGGCCACGUUUGUGAUUGGUCUAAGUGAUGUAACUAUAAUCAAUAUAGCAAUGGAGAAUUCCACAGAGAUGAAGGAUGUGUUACAGAUAGCAGUUCAUGCUUUUUUACGGAUGAAGGAAGUGGGUAAAAAGACAGUCUGCCACUUUGUUCAUCAAAAUGUUGGUGGUGUAUCUGCAUACAACAAAAACCUGACAGAACGAAAACAGCUCUUGGAACAACUAAAUGAGAUGACAGUGAUUGCAGCUGAUAUGGAAAAGAAGCCUAACAUAAAAAAAUUCACUGAUGUUUUGGAUUAUGAUGUGGAAAAGAAUAACUGGUAUAUACCAGGCCUAUGGCAUGGCACACCACCAAUGGCACCAGUUAAUUCAGGCUACAGUGUGGCUGUUCUUGAUUUUAAGAAAAACCUCUUGAAAGCAAGAAAGGAUGAAGAACCCUCUCAGAUACCAGAGUUCCUGCAAUGGAUGUGCAGCUUGUGGAAGGCAGUGAAGUUUGAGAACUUUAUCUUCAGUUUCAGAAACACUCUUGUAGCCCAUGAAUAUGACAACCUUUCCAAAAAGUUUACAGAAUGGGAAUGGUCUUUCAGAAGACACAUUCAGUCUUGGGUUACAUCUGAAAUGGUUCAAAUACCUAACACUGAAAAAAGUCGUGAUAAUGAGGUUGUUGAGCAAAUUAAACAGAAAGCACAUAAAGAAAUUGCCUGUCAGAGAGACAGAAUGUAUAUAAAUCUAAACGAGUACUACAAAAAGAAAGACCGCCAUGUACAUUUGGUGGAAAAGUACAGAGUUGAUUUUGCUAAUAACAUCAAAGGUCUAGAGAGUGAAAUGAAGGAUGAAGUGAGAAAAACAUUAGAUGUUGUUCUUGAGAUGACGAGUAACAAGAAGAAAUUAGAAGACAUUCACAGAAAGCAAACUGCAAUGAUUGAGUGCCAAGUUCUUCAACUCCUGCAACAUUACAAACAUUGUAAACAUGUUGUGUCUGACAAAGAGCUUACAGCUGAGUUUGAGAAAAUGUGGAAAAGAGAAGUGGCAAACAUCACUGGUAUAAAAGAAAGGGAUGUUUCUGCUGAAAUUCUAAAGCAACUGAGAGGAAGUUUUGCCAAUCGCAAUGUCAUGGAGGAUUUGCAGAAAGUUCAAAAUUUCACAGAGUAUGGGCGAGGAGAAUUCCAGGUCAAAGAGAAGCAUGUAAAAUUAGGAAAGAAAUUUCAAAGUCUCUUCACACAGCGUAACGCAAAGCAAGAGUUAGAGAUUGUUGCAAACAGUAUAAUUAAGUCCUGUGAAAAAACCAUUGAUCAGCAUGCACAAGAAAAUUGUGAUUACCAAUACACAUUUACAAAAGAUGUGCUGGAAGAAAUUGAUGAUCAGCUCACACAUGCAGGUUCAAAAAUCAGUACAAAAUUUGAACUUGACUUAAAACUGCACAUUUGUGGCAUUGCAUCUCGGAAAUUCACAGUUAUGCACAGGAAAUUCCUCAGUGAGCAAGACCCAAUUAAGCAUUUGCAGAAAUUCAAGAGUCAGUAUCUGUCUGAUUUCAUUGAUUUGUAUAGAAAGAAUGACCAGUGCCACAGAAAAGCAAGAGAAUUCACUCAGGUCUGUCUCAAGCCAGCAGUGACUGAAUACAUCAAUCAGUCCAUUGGACCUGAUAUCGUUGACGCAGUUCUGCUAAACAACCCAACUGAGUACAGUUCUCGAGUGCUGUUUCAGUACACAAUUCAAAAGGAGCUACUGGAAAAAUCCAACUUUGAGGAUUUUAAAAUGUACAUUUUGCAGUAUAAUGCUUAUGUCAAAGGAUGGAUAUACAAUCGUAUCAUUAAAUCCUUUUCCAAAGACAUAUCUCUGCAAAACAUAAAAAUGAAGAAGCUGGACGACAUAAUGCAGAAGAUCAUGAAAGCAAUGGAAGCCUCUAAGGUUGAUGACAAUGGGUCUCCUUUGCCAAAUAAUGAAGGAGGUACAACAAGGUUUAUCCAGAACUUUUGCAAAUCUUUAAUCUGCGUCAUCUCAAUGUCCAUGAACACAGUGGAACAGGUCCUCUUUCAGAAUACAAGCUAUUGUGCUCCAUUCACCAAAAGUCUCUAUGAAUGUAUUGAUGAGAUGAAGCUACAGUUAAUGGAUGAGAUCUCCAUGUCAACUGAUAUCCAAGAGACACUGAAAAAUGUGUCUGUAAAGCCCCAAAAUGUGCUCUUUAAGAGGGUGUUUGGAUGUGGGAAAAAAUGUCCAUUUUGCAAAACACCAUGUGAGGCAGGAGGGAAGAAACAUCAGCAACACCAUGCAGGUCUGCAUAGACCAAAGGGACUUGGUGGUUUUGUAUACGCAAAGACUAAUUCUCUUUGUGAAGAGAUCUGUACGUCUAGUGUAUAUGGCAAUGGAACCUUUCGAAGUUAUGAAACUAAUUUCGAAGCCCAUCCCUGUAAAGACUAUCGGAAAUACUACCCAGACUGGCAUAUUGCACCUGACAUGUCUAUGAAGGCCUCAGAUUACUGGAAGUAUGUGAUGGUGACAUUUAAUGACAGAUUUGCUAAACAAUUUGAAGCAGAGCCAGCUGUGUAUCCAAUAGAAUGGCAGAAAAUCACUAAAGAGCAGGCUCUUCUCUGUCUGAAGCACAACUUCAAUAUUAAAUGAGACAAAACCAGCAAGAUAAUGCAGCAAAAUACUGAUAUUUAUGACAAGAACAUAACAAACCAAUACAACAACAUCAAAAACAUUCAGGGUUCCAUCAAUAAUCUCGUUGUUUAGGUGUGAUAGCUUUAUAUUUCUUUGUCUUAUACUGAGAAAUGGCUAGAAAAUAGUUUCUGUAUGUAUAAAAUGAUCAUUUAUGGAAAGUAAAAUUAAGAUUCUGAUAAUAUUCUUAUGGUUUCUGUAUUAUAUAUCUUUGUAUUUGUGAUGUUAAUUCAGAUAUUCCAAAUGAUGUUUUGUUGUUAUGUUUCUGAACUGCUGAACUUUGAAAUUCAAAUGAUUUGAUUAUUUAGAACAUCUUGUAUGAAUGUAUGAUUACUUAUCAGCUAACUACAUAAAUAUCAAUAAAUUACAUACAUAAAUUUAUUAGUCUGAAAAUCAAGGUGGGUUGAAACAUCAAGUUUGAUUGCAGUGUGCUUUAAAAAUAAACUAAUAAAUCAUGUAAUAA